CAUGACGGGAGUUAUUAGGGUCACCAGAGGUCACUACUCGACAGUGUUUUCAAUAUGGCGCUGAGUCGGGGCAAAUUUUUUCUUCCCCGUUGAAUUAUCGUCGUAUCGGACUAAACUUAGCAUAUAUUUUGACGAAGUCGCAGUACUGAGCCAUGGCGAACAGCAGUGUCCUGGCCCACGGACUGGGCACCUGUGUGGAGCAUGGGGACGUCACCGCUCUCAUGGCCCUGCUGGACAGAGUGGGGGUCGACGCCAAAGACGAGAAUGGCCAGACAGCGCUGAUGCUGGCUGCAGAACACGGACAGCUGGAGAUGGUGCAGGAGCUCAUCACCAGGGGGGCAGACGUACAUGUGGAGGAUGAGGAUAACUGGACAGCGCUGACCUCGGCAGCGAAGGAGGGCCACCUGCCGAUUGUCACAUGUCUGCUGGACCGAGGGGCCAAUAUCGAGCAUGUAGACAUGGGUGGCUGGCCUGGGUUGAUGUGGGCAUCCUACAAGGGUCACACUGCCGUGGCACACGAGAUGCUGCACAGGGGGGCCAACCCUAACGUUCAGGGACAGCACGGAGUGUCUCCUAUAAUCUGGGCAGCAGGCCGGGGACACACAGACAUUGUGGAGGCACUGCUGAGACAUGGGGCCAAACCUAGCGCUUUUGAUAAGUACGGUACCAGUGCGUUAGUCUGGGCGUGCAGACGAGGGCACCAGGGCUGCGUACGGGCGCUACUGGACGCGGGAGCAGAUGUAGACACGGCUGGGGCGAAAUCGGAGCCUCCUCUGAUCACAGCUGCAAAGGGUGGCCACUAUGAGGUCGUUCAUGACAUUCUCAGGAAGAACCCAAAUGUGAAUGCUGUAGACAAGGAUGGUCACACAGCACUCAGCAUAGCAGCAAAGGAUGGCGACACGGACAUUGUGAGGGAGCUGCUGGCCAAGGGGGCUUAUCUGAACCUUACAGAUAAGGACGGAGACACAGUCCUGAUCCAUGCUGUGAAGGGGGGACACCUGGGAGUGGUGCAGGCACUGCUGGACAGGUACCCAGAUGUGGACAUGCCGGGCGCAGACAACAAAACUGCACUGUACUGGGCUGUGGAGAAGGGCCAUCCACCCAUUGUACAGGCUAUCCUGGACUAUAACCCAAACACUGAGAUAGCUUCAAAGGGAGGAGACACCCCACUGCUGCGGGCCACACGACACAGGAGCAUCGACCUGGUGGAGAUGUUACUGAACAAGGGAGCAAAGGUUUCUGCAACGGACAAGAGAGGAGACACGCCCUUGCAUGUAGCCAUUCGAAACCGGCACCGCAUCAUCGCAGAACUUCUGCUAAGGAACCCCCGGGACGGACGGCUGCUGUAUAAACCCAACCGCCAGGGGGAGACGCCGUACAACAUCGACUGUGCGCAGCAGAAAAGCAUCCUCACACAGAUAUUUGGGGCCAAAUACCUCCAUCCGAGUGAGAACGAGAACAGCAUGCUGGGAUACGACCUUUACAGCAGCUCUCUGGCGGACAUUUUGAGCGAGCCGACAUUGACCCCGCCCAUCACUGUGGGUCUGUACGCACAGUGGGGCAGCGGCAAGUCCUUUCUCCUCAGGAAACUGCAAGAUGAAAUGAAGGAGUUUGCUGAGCAGGAAAGCGAGCCGGUGUUGGCGGUGUCGUGGCAGCUUAUCGUGGCGCACGCGGUCGUCAGCACACUCCUGGGCCUGGUGUUUGGCUUCAGCAUCAGCUGGCUGGCUGGCCUACUUAUCGGCCUCAUCGCUUUCUUUAUAGUGGUCUUAUUUCUAGGUAUAGUGUACUUAGGUUCUCAGGGGUUUGACUGGGAGUGGGCGUGGCAGGCAGGAGACUUCGUGUACCGACACCUGUCCUACUCCCAGCUGAUGCUGCAGGUCUGCUUCUGUAACCCCCCGGUCAUCAGGACACAGCAGGCACUGCCUAUCAGGUUCCUGUUCACGGACUACGCGCGGCUGACCCACGUGGGGGGCGAGACGUCGCUGGCCGGGAUGAUCGGGACUCUGUGCGAGGCUGCUGAGCAGGAGUUUGGCUUCCUCGUCACGAGACUCUUCAGAGUCUUCAAACCAGAACACAGCCAAGGUGAGAAAGGUGCAGGCAGGUUCAAGCAGGUGUGCUGCUGUCCCACCUUCGUCAUCGUUAUCCUGGAGAUGCUCGCCGUGCUGGUCAGCAUCAUCCUCCUGGUGAACUUUCACCUCGACAACCCGACCGUCAACGCCUUCCUCAUCGCCAUGGUUUCCAUCGUGGGGCUGACGCUGCUGCUGACCUGCCGCAUCUGGUUUGAGGUUCUGUGCUCGCUGGUGAUGUCACAGAAACACCGAGUGUUGAAGUCUGCAGCCAACCUGGACAAGCUCAGGAUGGAGGGAUUCAUGCAUGCCAUGAAGGCAGAGGUUGACAUGCUGGCAGGAAUGGUCCAGUGUUUUGACGCCUUCACCGACCACCAGACCAGACUAGUGGUGGUGGUGGACGGGCUCGACUCCUGUGAGCAGGACAAGAUCCUGCAUGUUCUUGACACGGUGCACGUGUUGUUCUCUGGUGCCAACCAGCCUUUCAUCACCAUCCUGGCUGUGGAUCCACACAUCAUCAUCAAGGCUGUGGAGGUCAACCUGCACUCCAUAUUCCGAGACUCCAACAUCAACGGGCACGACUACCUGAAGAACGUGGUGCAUCUCCCCUUCUACCUGAAGAAUCGGGAAGGAGACAUCCUCAAGAAACACGUGGUCAACGGGUCCGUGGGCAUGAGGUCCGGGGAGUGCUCCCCACUGGCAGAAGAGCCGGCUGUUACGUCAGUUGUCGGCCCCACUGGAGAGACCACAGUCCUGACUCGACGGCCGCGGCUCCCAUCACAGACUUCUCUCAUUGAGAGGAGGCCCAGUAGGGUGGACUUCAGCGCUCUGGCACGGCGGUUGUCCCGGCAACCGUCACUCUCGUUCACGCCCAAACGGACGCGGUUCCUGGACCGCCAGCUGACGAGACAGUCGACAUUCGACAUGUCGCAGGCGCUGGUGACGGACACGUACUUCAGCGGGGUGACGCCUCAUACCAUGCGGAGGCUGCUCAACAUCGUCGCACUUACAGGUCGUUUGUUGCGAGCGCGGAAUGUAGCGUUCAAGUGGCACCAGCUGGCGAGUUGGGUGAACCUGACAGAGCAGUGGCCGUACCGCACUUCCUGGCUCAUCUACCAACAGGAGGAGACGGAGGAUCUGGGGGACAACACGAGUCUCAACGUGUUAUAUGACAGAAUCUGCAGUAAGAUCCCCACAUCGCGGGAGGCAGAGCCACUCCUGGAGAUCGAUGCAGAUGCGAGAAACUUUGAGAUGUUCCUGAUGAACCACUCGCCCGUCCUGACGGUGUCUGACCUGAGAACAUUCCUCCCCUCCACCAUCAACCUGGACCCAAACAUCAAGACUGUCAUCGCAGAUGAGCUUCGCAGGUACAGGUACAGCCCGUCGCCAACUCACCUCCACUCACCUGUGCAUCACGGAGCAACUUCACCAGAUCUGUACGAGACCCAGCUGGAGGCCAUGUUGGAGGGGGGGCAGCACAGUGGGUCAUCCCAUACACUCGUGAGCGUCGGCAGUGUGGCUGCGGCUGGAGGGGCUCCCGUACAAGCAGCUCCACUAGAAGUGGUGAACCCCAUGUCUGCCAGCAGGAUGUCCCUGCACAGCAAACUGCCCUCCGUACGCGGCAGAGACUCAGCUCCACUAGAAGUGGUGAACCCCAUGUCUGCCAGCAGGAUGUCCCUGCACAGCAAACUGCCCUCCGUACCCGGCAGAGACUCCCCACUAGAAGUGGUGAACCCCAUGUCCGCCAGCAGGACAUCCCUGCACAGCAAACCGCCCUCCUUACGCGGCUCCAGAGUCUCCCUGCUGAACCAACAGGAGGCCAAACGCAGCCCGUCCCCCCUGCCGCACCAGAGCUCCACCACCACCACCCCGCUGACCCGACCGUCCGCGCUGUCACUACGGACAUCCCUGCACAAUAUGCAGGUCAAGGAGGCACUUUUUCCCAUAGAUGCCCCACCCUACUGA